AUGGUGUCUGGCAACUCUUCUAGUGAAUCUGAGCUUGUGAAUUUGAUGGCUUUGUCACCAUUGGAUGGUCGGUAUUGGGGUAAAGUCAAGGACUUGGCUCCUUACAUGAGUGAGUAUGGUCUGAUCUACUUCCGUGUUCUAGUUGAGAUCAAAUGGUUGCUAUGGCUUUCACAAAUUCCUGAAGUCACAGAGGUACCCACCUUCAGUGAAAAUGCUCGGUCUUAUUUGCAAGAAAUGAUUGAUGGAUUUAGUUACAAUGAUGCAUUAGAAAUAAAGAAGAUUGAGAAAGUGACAAAUCAUGAUGUGAAAGCAGUGGAGUACUUCUUGAAACAGAGAUUCCAAUCACAUCCAGAAAUAGCUAAGGUGCUGGAAUUUUUUCAUUUUGCUUGCACAUCCGAAGACAUCAACAAUCUUGCCCAUGCAUUAAUGUUGAAAGAAGCUGUGAAUAGUGUCAUAUAUCCUGUCAUGGAUGAUUUGGUUGAGGCAGUAUGUAACAUGGCCAAGGACAAUGCUCAUAUUUCUAUGCUCUCUCGUACUCAUGGACAGCCUGCUUCACCCACAACUUUGGGAAAGGAAAUGGCAAAUUUUGCAGUCAGAUUAAGCAGAGAAAGGCACGAGAUCUCUCGGGUGGAAAUAAUGGGAAAAUUUGCUGGUGCUGUUGGAAAUUACAAUGCUCAUCUUGUCGCAUAUCCUGAUAUUAAUUGGCCCCAAAUUGCUGAAGAGUUCCAGUUCAACAAUAUAUUGAUCGACUUUGAUAGAGAUAUAUGGGACUACAUAUCUGUAGGUUAUUUUAAGCAGACAACAAAGGCUGGUGAGAUUGGGUCUUCAACAAUGCCUCACAAGGUGAACCCUAUUGAUUUUGAAAACAGUGAAGGUAACCUUGGUGUGGCUAAUGGCAGUUUUUAUCAUCUGAGCAUGAAGUUGCCAAUUUCGCGUUGGCAGCGUGACUUGACGGAUUCAACUGUUUUAAGGAACAUGGGUUUAGGAUUAGGGCAUUCUCUUCUUGCCUACAAAGCACACUUCAGGGAAUAUCAAAGCUUCAGGUCAAUGAAGACAGUUAUGCGAAGAUAUGGUGUUCCUGAGCCCUAUGAAAAGUUGAAGGAACUAACCAGAGGAAGAGCAGUAACCAAGGAAAGUAUAGUAGAUUUUAUACAAGGUUUGGAGUUACCUAAUGAAGCAAAGUCCAAUCUACAAAAGUUAACACCGCAUAGUUAUGUUGGAGCAGCUGUUGAAUUGGCUAGGACAGUAGACAUAGCCGUGAAGGUGGUAGCUAAUGAAAGAGGGCCUUCAAUCAUUUUUGCUGCAGUGGCUGAGAAUGGGAAACUCCAGCAUGAACUCGAUGUUAAUGUUUUGCGUUACGAGGGAGUGAGGCUUCGUGAGCUGUUUGUGAUGAAAAUAAUUGAUUGA